UUUGAUAAUUAUGCUAUGAUUGCAAAUGAGAUUUUGUCUUCCACUGCCCAAAACAAAAGAUAUGAUCACAAGGAGCUGCAAGUACAAUUGCAGGCAGGAACUUUGACAGCAAGUGCAGACAAGAACUUUGACAGCAAACGUCCUUCCAUCGCUUGGAUUUGGUGGACAAGUUUGCUAGAAGUCUUUAAGGAACGGCAAGGGUCUAUGGCUGAUCCUCUGGUUGCUAGGUGCCUUUACUCUGGCAAAGGUUAUAUGAUUCCUUUGAAUCAAUGCAUGAGCUACUCUGAGUUGUAUGAAGACAUUUUCCGUACAUUCCAGUUUUUGCCGAGUGAUAUUAUUGAGCUUCAGUAUUCAGUUCCUGGUUGUGAAGUUUGUUUUCUUCGUAACGAUCGUGAUUUCCAAAUGCUGUUUUGCUCUGCUAGAAUACAUAGGUUAGAGUGUGUCGAUAUUUCAGUUUUAAAGAUUGGGGGAGGUUUUAGCAGAACUUGUUUGGUGGAUAGUGGUUCGAAAGUUAUUGAUGAAGAUGAUUAUUUGGGUGAUGCAUUCAGGACUGAAGUUCACAAGACGUAUUUGUCUGAUGAGUGGAGUUCUUAUAUUCAUCAUGUCGGGGAUAAGUUUCAUAGUGCUGCUGAGCUCCGUGAGAAGCUCAGGAAGUAUGCAAUUGCAGUUGGUUUCGAGUUUGUAUUCCUGAGAAAUGAUUUGGACCGUAUUCAUGCAGUCUGUGCAAAUGUUGGAACCGAAGGUUGUGAUUGGCAUCUUCGUGCUUUUUCAUCAUCUGCCAAUGAUUAUAUUGAUAAGUACUUUCAUGUUGAUAUGUUAAAGAAGAGCUACAGUUUUCCUAUCCGUCCUAUAACCAAUGUUGAUAUGUCUUCUUCGGAAUCUGCUUCUGAAUGUAUAUUACCUCCCCUUGCGAAGAGGCCCCCCGGGAGGCCUAGGAUGAAGCGGUUCAAGUCGAUUGGAGAGGUUGAAAAGAAGCUGAUUCGUUGUGGUCGUUGUGGCAAAAUGGGCACUCAUAACAAGUUGAGUUGCACUGAACCUCUCGUUCAGCAGUAGUAUAUGUUUCAGUAAAGAGUUUUUAGGUUUUGAAUUUGUCUAUUGGGGGGCAGUAAUUGGUUUAUUGGGGGCCAGUAAUUGUUUAUAUUCAGGCUCAAAUAAUCAUUUUUCUUUUCAAA